AUGGACAUUAUCGAAUCCGUUAGCUCACGUUAUCGCAAGGUCAAACCCGCCUCUCGUUUAUACUCAACGAUUGUCAAUGCGUACAAAAAGAAUACAAGAGCUCGUCGGAUGAGACUACACAAGGCCUUCUGGAAUGCUAGGCACAAUCCAAACAAAGUCAUAGCGCUAUGGAUUGGCCAAAUCCGGGUCACUGCGGACGAUCUCCUGUCUAUUGAAGAACUCCCAACCAACCGACAAAUUGCCAAUUGGCUUGUUGGUGGUCUUGAUCCCACCUGGUCUAAUUUCCAUGAUUCAAUUGUCUACACGGCAACAGAGAUGUCACUCGAAAACGUUAUUGGAGCGCUGGAGGAUCACGAAGUAAGCUUGAACGGUACCAAGGCUCACGAUGUGAUCUCCGCCGCAUUCGCUCCCACCAAACGUAUUGCGUGUUCCAACUGCGGCAAGCUGGGUCAUAAAUCUUCGGACUGCUACCAAAACAAGAACAAAGGCAAAGCCAAAGCCGGAGCGGUCUCCACGGUCAAGUUAGGCGGUUACGAUUCUGGAUCUUUUGACGAUGAAGAUGAAAUUGGCGUGAUUUAUGAGUGA